GCCAAUUUAAAUACAUGCUAUUAUAUUUAGAACAUUUUGAUGUGUUUUUCAGGUGCCAUGACAGCUAUUUCUACAAAAGCUUUAAUGGAACAGUUGCGUUUAAAAUACCAACAAAAACCAUGGACCGAAACUCUGAAGCUUGUCCAUUUUUGCAUGGAUAAGCCACUUCAACGGCUUGAUGGUAAUGCUCCAGGUGGUCCAUUGGUCUCUUGCAUGGAGAAGAUACAAAGGACAUUAAAUGCUAAAUCUUUGUUUUCUAUGAUGAACAGAUUGGAAUCUUUAUCCAAACAAAAAGGGCUUAAUGCUCAUGUUAGCCCCAGUGGGACUUCCUGCUACAUAACAUCAAACAUGUUUUAUAUAGAAGUUCAGCUGGAGAAGAAUGGAAAUGUGGUAUAUGUAAAGUUGGCUCACCUUGGAGAAGCUCCUGUGGUUUGUGAUGACUUGUUGCAGCAUCUAAGGAUGAAGAACUAUGAUGCCUUUGGAAAGAUUCUAGAAGACCUGUCAAAUCUGUAUCAAAUUCCAGGAGACAGUGAAAUGAAAGCUAAGGGAUACCUUGCUUUGCAGGCCCUUGAAAAAGAUCUUUAUUCAAUGUUUCUUCUAGACAGAACACAGGAUGUAAACAGAGUUACUGAAGUACUUCAUGGAAAAGUAGGACACCUGGUGCCAAGAACUGGAGGAGCUCCUAUGAACAUCGAAUUUUACAUUUCUCCCUAUCAGGUUUUGGAAGCAACACUAAGUCCUGGUUCCCAGGUGUGUGGAACAAAAACUGUUGUAACUCUUGAAGGCACAGAUAUGCUCUACAAACUUCCUCUUUCUCCACUACUUGUAGAUUCUCAAGCUGGAGAGGAUGGCAACCCUGUUUUUUUGCCACUGACUGAUGAACUAAGCAUGGAUUUGCCAGCUUUUUUUGUGCUGAAGUUUCACGCGCCUAUUCCUAUGUCCUCAUCCAGUAUUGAGGAGAUACAGAGUCUCACAGGAAUUCAGAUUACUGGCUUGAAACUAGCUCCUCUAUAUGAGCUGAUUGUUCAGUCUACCCUUAAAGAAAAAUUCAGUGAAGACUUAUCCACACGUAAAUCCUGUUUCAUUGUGUCUCUUCCAGAUUGCCCAAAGCACUGUUACUUCAUAAACAAGGGCUCAGAAGAAGCAGAUUUAGCAGGAGCCUUGGUCAGUAAAAUCCCAUUUAGCCACCCAAAAUGUGUGCCCGGCGUCAUAGAGAUUCUUCGACAUCAACUGGCAUAUAACAGUCUUAUUAGCAGCUGUGUCUCUGAGAAGCAUAUAAAUGAAGAUGAUUCAGAACUGCUUUACUUUGAAGUGGUACCACACAAGAACACCAGCUUUUCUGUCUUUUUCCUUCAUCCUGCGAAAGAGAAUUUAGCCUGUGAGAAGUCCAAUGUCGCCUUCAUUUAAAUCCUCAAGAUCCAACUCUAAAUUCUAGUGAUGACUUUAUAGCAAGAGCUGU